AUGCAUACUCUUUCUCUCGUACUUCUCCAGGCUUCGGCGGCCGUCGCCUACCCCUGGGUCUCUGGCCAGCCAGGUGUCAACUCUGGGCUCUUUAGGAACGCACGCACUGUCGAAAGACGCCAGGCGAACUGCCCUUUCAACCCUGUCCAUAAGGGUGCCGCUCCAUACACUGCUCCUUACACCUACACCGGGGCCAAGAACGGUGUACCUGGUAGCCAAAAGGGUGGUAUCAAAGUCCCAGCAGACGGCGAUACGGCUCACGCCUACACUCCUCCCGGACCUAACGAUAUUCGUGGACCAUGCCCAGGUCUGAACGCUGCAGCUAACCACAACUUCCUUUCGCAUGAUGGUAUAACCAACUUCCAGGAGUUGGUCGAUGCCCAACAGAAUGUUUAUAACGUAGGCUAUGACCUAGCUGUCCUUCUCGCAGUCCUUGGUAUCGAGGCUGGUGGUGACGUACUCUCUGGUCGUUUGAGUAUCGGUUGCGAUGCUACAUCUCGUACUGCGACGCUUCCUCUUCUGGGCACCCAGCCCGGUCUUGAUGGCCACAACAAGUUUGAGGCAGAUUCGUCGCUCACGCGUAACGAUUUCUUCCUCGCAGACGGGGAUAACUACAGCUUUAACGGCACACUGUUCGCAGAGAUGAAGGCAGUCGCUGACAAGGUUUCUGGUGGAAACUUUGAUCGCAAUGCUCUCGCCGCAUACCGCAGCCAGCGGUACGAAGAGUCUGUUCAAGAGUCCUUCUUUGGAGCUGUCGAAGACUCGUCUGCACCAGGUGGCUGGCGUCACGUCCCCGAGCGCAUUCCUGACAACUGGUUCUCGCGUGUCGAGCCCUACAAAAACAUGGAUGUUACCAACGAGAUUCUGGCCCAGUAUCUCAAGUAUCCCAAGCUAUUCGGAGGUAACGUGGGCACGAACAACUUCGAUGCCUUGUCCACACCAUUCGAUAUUCUUGUCGACGGCAAGCUACCCAGCGAUGUUACAGCGGCGCAGCUGCUUUGCUUGCUUUACCAGCUGGGUGUCAUGGCUGUUCCCAGCACUCUGAGUACUGUCACUGAUAUCACUGGUGCCGUGCUGAAUUUCGGUAUCGGAAAGCUGAACCCGGUGUUCAAGAACGCUGGAUGCCCCUUGAAGGUUGGCUAA